AUUGCACCGGAAGCUUAGACCGCCAUUCUCGCACUUUUCCUCUUCCCCACGCUUUGUUUUUAAUUUGCUCAGGACUAUUUGAGUCUUGGGGCACCGAAAUCAGCAAAAUGACGGACAAAUUGGACAUGAGCUUAGAUGACAUCAUAAAACAGAACAGAAGAGGCAGAGGUCGAGGUAGAGGGGCCGGCAGAGGCUCUCGUGGUGGUCCCGGCGGCGGUGGUCGCGGUGGACGCGGCCAGAGCAGAGGACGUGGAAGUGGAAAUGCCGGGGUCUUCAGAGGCGGCGUAAACAAACGUAGAGGUGGUGGUUCUUUCAACCAAAAUCAAAGGUCCAGGGAUGUUCCCAACGAUGUUUGGCAGCAUGAUAUGUAUGAUGGUGGUUCAGCUCCUCUUCGACGUGGUGGUGGAGGAGGACCUCCUCUCUCAGGGGGUCAGGGGAAGCUGCUCGUGUCAAAUUUAGACUUUGGAGUGAAUGAUUCAGAUAUACAGGAACUUUUCUCAGAAUUUGGACCAUUGAUGAAGGCAGCAGUUCAUUUUGACAGAUCAGGUCGUUCAUUAGGCACAGCUGAAGUGAUAUACCAAAGACGCACAGAUGCUGUGAAAGCUAUGAAGCAAUACAAUAAUGUACCUCUCGAUGGUCGGGCUAUGAACAUUCAGUUAGUAGGAGCAGUUUCUCGGAUUGGUCCAACCCGCGGUGGCGGCGGCGGCGGCGGUGGCGGCGGCGGUGGCGGCGGCAACAGUGGUGGUUUUGGAAACAGACAAGGCGGUGGUGGAGGCUUCAGAGGAGGUCGAGGAGGUAGAGGAGGGGGCAGAGGCCGGGGCAGAGGUCGCGGUGGCCGUGAGAAGCAGGAGGUACCCACCCUUGAAGACUUGGAUGCUCAGCUUGAAGCUUAUAACGCAAAGAUGGACCAGAAUUAGGUGCAGCCGACAGUCGACAUUGUAUUAUAUGAGUGUGGCAGGACAUGAGUGUGUGUGAAAUUGCGAGACCUCUCUUAUUUUUUAUCAGUUUUGCUUUUCGGGUUUUUAAAAUGUGUGAGAAUGGGACAGUAGGCAGUACUGUUCAUGUGUGUAGCCUAAGUGUAUGAUUUUACUGUUGUAGUUCCUCAGUUGUAGUUAUCAAGUGUAAGUUUGACAUGGUUCACCCUUGAAUUCAUCAAAUCAUUAUGAUCCCCCCCACCAUUCAAAUGAAAUAUGACCUUUCUCAUUGUACUUUUCAUCACUUUUGGUUUACCUCCCUGUGGAGUAGGGUUUUGCAACUGAUUUUUACGAUUUGAAGUGAAUGGAAUUGGUCUCAUGUUUUGAAAUUUCAUUUCCUUGUUUUCCCGCGAGCUUGGAAUUGUUUCUAAAAUGUGAGACAGCCGUUUGAACAAUUUUUUUUUUCUGUUGUUGAUGUCCCUGUUGCAAUUAAUUUUGAAUCGGGUUUCCAUCUCAUGUUUUUACCAUUAAAAAGAAUGAGGAAUUUUA